AUGCAUCCAGACCCCAGAUGCUUACAGGCACUGCUCUGCAUCACUGCCACGGGACUCAUCACUGCCAUGAGUUCAGAUUUAACUCCCCAUUUUAUUUCUGAGCCCUUGUCCACUGUUCAGAAGCCUGGUGGGCCUGUCCGCCUCAGCUGCUCUGCCGAGCCCCCCACAGCUCAUCUCUCUUGGCUGUUGAAUGGGAAGCCUCUGGAUAGCAAGGUGGGAGAAGUGGAAGUGCAGCCGGGAUCCCUGACAAUCACCUCCCUCAGCCCGCCAGCCCUGGGGCGCUAUCAGUGUGUUGCCAGCAGCAGCGCGGGUGCCGUUGUCAGCAGCCCUGCCACGGUAUCCAUGGGCAGUAAGUCCAAUUUUGACGCGGCAGUGAAAGCUGCUGUUGCAGCAGAAGAGGGAGGCUCAGCUUUCAUAGGCUGCAAGGUGCCAGAAAGUAACCCUAAAGCACAGGUUCGCUUCCAAGUGCGGGGAAAAUGGCUGGAACAAUCAACAGACAACUACCUAAUUCUUCCAUCUGGAAACCUGCAGAUUUUGAAUGUAUCUUUAGAAGACAAAGGAUCCUAUAAAUGUGCAGCGUACAACCCAGUUACUCAUGAUCUCAGAGUAGAAUUCCCUGGACACAAGCUCAUAGUCACACGCCCUUCCUCAGGUGACUUCCACAUCCUGCACCCACUGUCCCCACAGAGCCUGGCAGUGCCCCGGUACAGCUCCCUGACACUGGAGUGCGUGGUCCAAGGGUUGCCUCCAGCUUCUGUCCGCUGGGUGAAGGAUGGCCGGGAUGCGCUGAGCAAAGGAAGGUGGAAACUGCUGCACUCCCACCUGGAGACGGACAGGCUGGAAGCAUCGGACUCGGGAAAUUACUCCUGUGUGGUGGGAAGUGGAUUGGGAGUAGUGAAAUCCGUGAACUAUUCGCUCACUGUACUUGAACCUGCCUUAAUCUCCAAGGGCCUGCAGGAUGAAACUGCUGCUGCUGGAGCCACCGUGCACUUCUGGUGCGAGGUCCAUGGAAGCCCUGCUCCCAGCCUCACCUGGCUCCACAAUGCAGCUCCCCUCCCUCCUUCUUCACGACAUCUCCUUAUGGGAAACCGUCUGCAGAUCCGCGGGGUCACUCAGGGGGACUCUGGCCUGUACCAGUGUGUAGCAGACAACAGGGUCGGAUUUGCACAGUCCACUGGGAGACUUCGUGUCCAGCCAGGCAGAGGCUCUAGGCCAGUUAUAGUCUCUCCCCCAGUAAGUGUCACUGUGACAGGUGGCGGGGACGUCACACUCUCCUGCAAUGCCACUGGCCUACCCCUUCCCGUCAUUCACUGGUAUGACACCAGAGGACUGAUUCCCAGCCACCCUUCCCAGGUGCUUCCCUCAAAACCACAGAAACCUCCUCCAGCCUUGCCAGGUGACACUGUCAUGGAUCCCACCUCCUUCUCUGUGACUCACACAGGCUCCAGCUCCUUGCUUGUGAGGAGUAUGACUCCGGAGCGUGCCAGGCAGUACACGUGCAAAGCCACCAACGAGCACGGCUCUGUGGUGUCAACAGCCUUCCUGACAGUUGUUCCUCUAGAAACUGGCACAACAGCAGAAAUGGCUCCCAUGGAGGUUGCCCGGAGCAAGGGUGAUUUUGGGGCAGAAACGACGUUUCCAAGCUCACUGCCAACAAUAUCCCACACGGACCCAGCUGUGACGGACAAAGCGUGGGAUGCUGCUGCUCCCCCCGAAGCCCCCAUCAUCCUCAGCCCCCCCCAGACACUGAAGCCCAACAUGUACAACCUGGUCUGGCGCCCGGGGCGAGAUGGGGGCUUGCCCAUCAAUGCCUAUUUUGUCAAAUACCGCAAGCUGGAUGACAGCGUCAGCGCGCUGGGGAGCUGGCACACGGUGCGUGUCCCCGGCAGCGAGAACGAGCUGCGACUCACCGAGCUGGAGCCUUCCAGCCUCUACGAGGUUCUGAUGGUGGCCAGGAGUGCUGCUGGAGAGGGCCAGCCUGCCAUGCUGACCUUUCGCACCAGCAAAGAAAGAACAUCAUCCUCGAAGAACACUCAGGCUCCGUCUCCCCCAGUGGGCCUUCCUAAAUAUCCUGUCAUUCAUGAAGGGACAAGUAAUUUUGGAGUUGUCCUUCCAGACCUGUCUCGACACAGUGGGGUUCCAGAAGCACCCGACCGCCCCACCAUCUCCACUGCGUCGGAAUCAUCUGUCUAUGUCACCUGGAUACCACGAGCAAAUGGUGGCUCCCCCAUUACUGCCUUUAAAGUGGAGUAUAAACGUCUGGGUCGAAACAGUGACUGGCUAAUUGCAGCUGACAACAUUUCUCCUUCUAAGCUCUCUGUGGAAGUUCGUAACUUGGAGCCAGGAGAAAUGUACAGGUUCCGUGUGAUUGCUGUGAACAACUACGGGGAGAGCCCACGCAGCGCUGCCUCCCGCCCCUACCAAGUGGCCGGAUUUACCGGCAGGUUUUCCAGCCGCCCCAUCGCAGGACCCCACAUCGCGUACACCGAAGCCAUCAGCGACACGCAGAUCAUGUUGAAAUGGACAUACAUUACAUCAAGCAACAACAACACACCCAUCCAAGGAUUUUAUAUCUAUUACCGGCCCACGGACAGCGACAAUGACAGUGACUACAAGAGGGAUAUUGUGGAAGGAACGAAGCAAUGGCACUUGAUAAAUCACCUGCAGCCAGAAACCUCCUAUGACAUUAAAAUGCAGUGCUACAACGAGGGUGGGGAGAGUGAGUACAGCAACGUGAUGAUCUGCGAAACCAAAGUGAAACGCACACCAGGAGCAUCCGAAUAUCCAGUGAAAGACCUGAGCACGCCCCCAAGUGCCCCCGAGCGGGUUGGAGGAGGAGGAUCUGGGCCAUCCAAUGGCCCCGUUCGGAGCAGUGACAUGUUGUACCUGAUUGUGGGCUGCGUCCUGGGGGUGAUGGUCCUUAUCCUCAUCGUCUUCAUUGCCAUGUGCCUGUGGAAGAACCGGCAGCAAAACACCAUGCAGAAAUACGACCCUCCUGGCUAUCUGUACCAAGGGGCAGACCUCAAUGGGCAGAUGAUUGAGUACACAACCUUACCUGGCACAAGCCGAGUCAACGGCAGCAUCCACGGGAGCUUCAUAGGCAAUGGCAGCCUGGGCAAUAGCUGCCCUCAUGGAGUCAAUGUCCCAAAUGGAGUCAAUGGGAUGAUGAACGGGGGAGCUGGAAUGUACCCUGGGCAUACCAGCUCCCUGGCCAGGACACACGUGGACUAUGAACAUUCCCACCAUCUUGUCAAUGGCAGUGGGCUGUACACAGCAGUGCCACAGGCUGACCCCUCCGAGUGCAUCAGCUGCCGGAAUUGUCGGAACAAUAACAGGUGUUUCACCAAAACCAGCAGCACUUUCAGCAGUACCACACUGCCUGUCAUGCCCCUCGUUGCACCUUAUCAGCAGGAGGGCUUGGAGAUGAAACCUCUCAAUCAUCAUGUCAUGAUGGCCAUGUGCUUGGCCUCCAGUGUCCCAGAAUGCAGCACCCAGAUGGAGGAGGACAACAAGGAGAAAGUGGAUCAGCCCUCUGCCCCUCAUUCCAGCUGUCGGGAAGGCAUCAACCAGCUCUCUGUGGGCUGCAGUGAUGGUGACAGCUGUGCACAUUCAGAGACAUCAAACCACAUUUUGAGCUGGAGUCCCCUUAUUUUGCAGCCUGUUCCAAAGGACUGUAAGGAAAAACCAGGAUGGAGUUCAUCCAGAAUCACCUUAAAUGGUUCUGGGGACCUUCAGCAGCUCCAGCUCCAGGAGACCUGA